UACCACGGAAACUGCGAUCAUGGCGGCGACUCGGCUCUUUCCUAGUCGUUCGGUCCAGCGUGAAGAACCCACAGGCUCUGCUGAUUCAUUGGUCACCACCCCGACCUCUGUGCCCACUGUGUCUCCCGUGUCUCCUGAAUCUGUCUCCCCGGGGCAAGUCGCCGAGCCACCCGGCAAAAAUCUGUGGGAGCAGAUCUGUGAGGAGUAUGAAGCUGAGCAGCCUCACUUUCCAGAAGGAUAUGUAAUCAAACAAGAAGCUCCAGUUACUGUUUCACUAUGGGAGGAGCUGGGUUCCCGUGACCUCAACACAGAGCACUAUUUCCCAGCUCCCCAUUCCACCAUCGUCUCAAACACACCCUGUCCUCAAAAGAAACCGGAAACGAUCAAUCCAAAAACAUGUUCACCUAGAGAAUAUUUGGAAACAUUCGUCUUCCCAGUCCUGCUUCCUGGAAUGGCCGGCCUCCUUCAUCAAGCGAAACAAGAAAAGUGUUUUGAGAGGAAAAGAACCAAAUUCAUUGCCUGUGAUUUCCUGACCGAGUGGUUGUACAACCAAAAUCCAAAGAGGAUAGGGGAGCCGUUCACAGAAUUCUUCUCCAUCCCGUGUGUGGAGGAAUGGCUAAUGCACCACCCCCGGCCAGCAAUCCCGCUCUCCCUCCUACUGACAGAAGAGGAAGCAGCAGUUAUCAUCCAGUCCUUCUGGAGAGGCUAUCUGGUUCGCUGUGAUCCUGAGAUUCAAGAGUUGCGUCAGUGGCAGAAGAAGCUCCGUGAAGACAGGCACAUUCACCAGCGAGUGCAAAUGUUCUGGGCCAAACAAGAACAAAAAGUCAGUGCCAUGCUGUGUGUCCAGCUGACUUUUCUGUCCAGCAGAUUCAGAACUCACUGGGAUCACCUUCUUGUCCAUACAGGACAAAGAAAAGCAUCUCCUCCCAUCACUGACCCCAGCAAUACCCUGAGCUUUUCAUUUUGGUGGGUGGUGGGGAAGUGUGUGGUGAAAAGAUUGGGUUGAGUCAAAAGCCUGGAUCUAUCAUUGUCUUUAGUGAAAAUUCCUUCCGUCAGUACCUUGACCUGCAAAACACACUUUCAACCUUUCUCUGAGCUGAAAGAAGGGCGGCCCUGGACAGCACUGCGGUGGCUGUGUACCUUCAGGUGAGCUCUGGGAGCACAAUAGCCCUGUGUUCCUCCUGGUGGACCGGCAGGGUCAGGACCGGACACUCCACGGAUCCUGCUGCGACUGACCUUGUCUACACAUCAGCGUUUCCUGUUGCCAAAUCCUAAGUGUGUCUGAAUAUGGAAAUCGAUCCUGACUCCCUUUCAUCUCUCUGCAGUGAAAUGCAGAAUGGACGACCACGAGGCGCCUGGAGUCGAGAUCGCAUCACCAUAGCCACGCUGGUGUCUCUGCCAGCAGGGCACAAAUUAUCCUGUGCGCGUGAGGAAAAUGUCCACAUUGUGCUUUUUCUCUGUCACUUUUUUAAGGAAAAGACUUAGCACAUGUGAAAACAGAAUCUUUUCUGCACAAGAUUAGGAUUUGCCGCAGACAUCUUCGUGCAAAAAGUUUAAAAAGACACGUCUUAAAUUUCUUCAUUAUCUCCAAAUCAUUCUUUCAUCUAUGUAUUUCUUCAGUGCUUUAGAUGUUACCCUUUCAGCCAGUUAUUCUUAAGAUCCAUGAUGGGAUUCUAACCCUGAGAUGGAACUGCCAUUGUUAGCAGUUUGCCCACUUUUGCAAGAUCUGUGUUUUAUCUCCGAUCUCUGAGUUUUUUUGCUUUUGCAGGGGUGGAACUCAAGGCCUCAUGGUAUGUGCCAGUCAAGAGUUCCACUUCUGAGCUAUGCCCAUGUCAGUUCAAAAUAAGGCAUUUAAACCCAGACAUCAUUACUAAGAAUUUGCGUUGUCUCUAGGCCCCACAGUAUUAUAGAAAGUUCCUGUUUGUGUGAGUAAAUGAACUUAUGACUCUCAUUUGUUCUGCGGUUUGCAGUUAAGCAGGAUUCUCCCAUUCACAAAGCCACGGACUCAUCCUAAAGCCUAGGAGCGGUAUGGGGUUGUUUUGACAGGCUAGCACACGUCUUAAGUAAAUAGUAAAGCCUUUAUUUUCUGUGUUAAGAACAGCAUUUUGAAAAUAAAACCUAUCUGCUCAUGCUUAACAACCUUUUAAAUCUGUAAUAUUUAUACAGUCAUGUAUGGUACACACUGAUUGUCUUGAAAUUUCUGAAUGAUUUUUUAUAAGUAUGCAAGUCAGCCAGGGGAAGAUAAAGGUAC